AUGCAACGGCACAACAGGUACGAGGUUGAUCCUGCCGAGCGGGAGCCACUCGAAUACUCUGGCUACUCCCACUUCCAAGGUCAGCCACAACCCACCACCCACUACGACAACCGGAAUCAAUACCAUCAACCACAACAACAACAACAACAACUACAACAACAACAAAACCAUCACCAUCACCUCCACCAACAACAGGAGUACUACGACCACGGAAACACCCACGACCAUUACGACGACAGUGGAAACCAUCGCCAACCCCCUUCGCCUCCGCGCGCCGCUUCCGGCACCUAUCGACCCGACGCACAUUUGGACGCAUCCCUUGAUCGUCUGCGAGCUGAGCGAAGGAACGAUCGCGACCACCACAACUGGCCCGGUGCCGCUUCACCAAACCCGGAUAUAGUAUCACCUCUGUCACCGCCGCAGCCAGCUGACAGCGGCUACUGGGUCCAGGAGCACGGUGGCCGAGCGAGGCCUCCUAAAAGCAACGUCACGCCAGGCGCCGACAAUUUUAGCGCCUCCGCCGGCGGUGGCAUGGCUGGAAUCGCCUACCAAGUGGCCGACCGUAACGCUAGAGAGAGCGGGUUAGAAGCCAUGAGCGGCACCGACCCAGCGCAACCGAAUUACCCGGAACAGGCGUAUCACGGUGUACAGAACGGCCACAAUCACGAUGGUGACUUUGGCCGGCAGUCUCCUCACCCUUCCGAUGGGGCACGACAAAGGGGUUACGGACAUGAUGCCGGGGACAGGGAUUCUCAUUCUAGCCUCACUGGCCUUGGUGCCUCGGGCAUUCCUCCAGGCAGAUCGACACCAGGCAAUGUUACGCCAUCAAGAAGUCCUUUGAGUCGCUGCGGCGUGUACACUGACGACCCAUACUCAGGCUUUUCAAGAUCAAGCCUCCCAAAUCUUGGCGUCGUCAACCCACACGACAUUUUUGACGACGGGGAUGACGGCCUCGAUUACGGUAGGAGAAACCACCGCGCAUCAGUUCUGAGCUUGGGAGCAUCGAGCAAUCGGAGUGGCAGCAAUUUAGGUGCCGCUGCCGCAGGCGCCGGUGCCGGGCGGUCUGGUAGCGGUUCCAGGGCAGCUGCGUAUGGACCUGUCAAUAGCAAUACUCCAUACGAGGAGACACACAACCUCGGCGCCGAGAAGAGCUGGGGCGAGAAGCCCAAAGGCAAAUCAAAGGUGUGGAGACUUGUCGUCAUUGGGAUUGUUGCUGUCGCCAUCAUUGCUGCCUUGGCGCUGGGCAUCGUCUUCGGUGUGGUUCUCAAGGAUGGCGGCGGUGGUGGCGGCGGCGGCUCGGGGCAGUCGGCUCAGGAGGAUCAGGCCGCAAAUGGUGACCUGACCUCUGAAAGCAAAGAGAUCAAGGAUUUGAUGAGCAACAAUCAGCUACACAAGGUAUUCAUGGGUAUGGACUACACGCCUCUUAACACGCAGUACCCGGAAUGUCUCAAGUUCCCACCUUCGCAAAACAACGUCACACGCGACAUCGCCGUGUUGUCUAAGCUCACCAACAUUGUUCGUACCUACGGUACUGACUGCAACCAAACCGAGAUGGUCAUCACGGCGAUCGACAGGCUCAAGCUUAAGGGCAAGAUGAAGAUGUGGCUCGGAGUCUGGCAGGACAAGAAUGAGACGACAAACGCACGUCAGCUGGGUGAGAUGUGGAAUAUACUCGACCACCACUCCAAGAAUGGCCGCAAGCCAGAAGACUACUUCAAGGGCUUGAUUGUAGCCAACGAGGUUUUGUAUCGCAAGGAGAUGACUACUAGUCAGCUCCAGCUUCUGUUGUCAAACGUGAGAACCAAUCUGACAGCCAAGGGCAUUAACCUUCCUGUGGCGACGUCGGACCUAGGUGACGACUGGAGAAACAAAGAUUUGGCCGACGCGUCCGAUUACAUCAUGGCGAAUAUCCAUCCCUUUUUCGGUGGAAUUGCAGCAGAAGAUGCUGCGACAUGGUCAAAGACUUUCUAUAACAAUUGGGUCAAACCGAAUGAGAAGUCGCAGGCGGAGAAGAAUGUCAUCGCGGAGUAUGGGUGGCCUUCGCAGGGCGGAGAGCGAUGUCCAUCAGAUGCCCCCAACUGCAAAAAUCCCGCGGUGGCCGACAUCAAGGGGCUUAAUAGGGUUCUGGAAGACUGGGUGUGCCCGGCGCUCAAUAAUGGAACAAACUACUUUUGGUUCUCGGCGUUUGACGAGCCGUGGAAGAUCCGGUUCAACACCGCAAAGGAGAAUUGGGAGGAUCACUGGGGGCUCAUGACUGUGGACAGGAAACUCAAGAGUGGGAUAACGAUUCCGGAUUGUGGUGGCAAGCAGGCGCCGGCCGCUUGA